GAAUAUUUUAUGACAAAACGAAAACGUUAAAAGCUUUUUACGCGGGGUUAAAACGCACAGUGAGAGUGCGAGCGCUUCUUCUUGCACCGCACACAUUCCCACAUUCCCUCCAUACUGUAUAUUUUGCACCUCUGUGCAAAAAGAGAAGGAAAGAAAAAGAGAGACAGAGAGAGAUGGAGAUGGAGAGGGAGGGAGGAUGAGUGCAUUGGCUGCGAUGUAUAGGAAUGAGAAGAGAGAGCCAAUGGAGUGUGGAGCUCUGCCCCUCCCGCUCGCACAUCUCAGCUCCUCUGCAGCUCGCGCAAAGCCUGAUGAAUAACAGAGAAGGGACUUGUCUCUGGGAUUAUUAAUUUCCCAUCUCUCUCUCUCUCUCUCUCUCUCUCUCUCUCUCUUCUACUCUCGUGUGCGCUCGCGCUCCCCUCUCUCUUUCUUUUUCUUUCUCCACCUCAUGCACUCGUUGCUCUCAGGCGCUCUUUCUGUUGUUGUUGUUGUUGUUUCUUGUGUUUCCUUUUCCUCGACCUCCUUUUUCCUUCUUCUUCUUCUUCUUUUCUUGAAAUGAUCCUUUCGCUCACGUGCAAGAGCGCGCGACUGGGCUGCAUGGAGCCGCUCGGUCACUGCCGCUGCUGCUAACGCCGAUCCUCAUCCUCAUCCUCUCGAGAGAGUCGCAUCCGGGUAAUCAGGACGCCCCCGCCCCACCGGAGCCCAUGGCCCAGCCGUACCCCUCCGCCCAGUUCGCCCCCCCUCAGAACGGCCUGCCCACCGAGUACCCGGCGUCUCACCCUCACCCCGCCCCCGAGUACCCGGGCACGAGCGCCGUACCUGAGCACACGCUGAACAUGUAUCCUGCAGCGCACACACACAGCGAGCCCAGCGCCGAGUCCAGCGCACACACCGUCUCCGGCACAGCCACGCAGACAGACGACGCAGCACAGACAGACAGCCAGCAACAGACGCAGUCCUCCGAAAGCACGGAAAACAAGACGCAGCCGAAGCGACUCCACGUCUCCAACAUUCCCUUCAGGUUCAGAGAUCCAGACCUCAGGCAAAUGUUCGGCCAAUUUGGUAAAAUCUUAGAUGUUGAGAUCAUUUUUAAUGAGCGGGGCUCUAAGGGUUUUGGUUUCGUAACUUUCGAAAGUAGUGCUGAUGCGGACAGGGCGAGGGAGAAAUUACACGGCACGGUGGUAGAAGGCCGUAAAAUAGAGGUGAACAAUGCAACAGCACGAGUAAUGACAAACAAAAAGACAGUCAACCCAUAUGCAAACGGCUGGAAGUUGAAUCCUGUGGUAGGUGCAGUCUACAGCCCAGAAUUCUAUGCAGUGCCAGGCUUCCCGUACCCAGCUGCCACAGCGGCUGCAGCCUACAGAGGGGCGCACUUAAGAGGGAGAGGACGCACAGUGUACAACACAUUUCGGGCAGCAGCUCCUCCACCACACAUCCCAGCAUACGGAGGUGUCGUGUACCAGGACGGAUUUUAUGGCGCAGAUAUUUAUGGCGGUUACGCUGCCUACCGAUACGCCCAGCCUGCCACAGCUGCAGCUGCCGCCUACAGUGACAGUUACGGACGAGUUUAUGCUGCCGACCCCUACAACCACGCACUUGCUCCAGCAGCCACAUACAGCGUUGGUGCCAUGAACGCUUUCGCACCGCUGACCGACGCCAAGACCAGGAGCCACGCGGACGACGUGGGUCUCGUUCUUUCUUCGCUGCAGGCUAGUAUAUACCGAGGCGGAUACAGCCGUUUCGCUCCAUACUAAAAAAAGGAAAUAUAAUACACACACCUAUCUCAACUCAACUCAACGCGAAUUCUUCCCGAGGGUGGUACAGAGGGAAUCACUUUUCCGAGGCCUGGGUAUUGCAAUACAAUGCAGUCGUGCAUCAUUUUUCAGCACCUCUUGCGGAGGAGAGAGGACAAAAAAAAAAAAACACGGAUAUUUUUCAUCUUAUACCUCAAGAUAUUUUGUGCUGUGUAUUUUAAUAUUGUGGGUUUUUAAUUUCUAAAACAUAGAAUCGUUGGCUGUAGAGGUUUCUGUGGUGAUCUAGAGAGCUGCUAGAUUUAAAAACAAAAAAAGAAGACGUUUAAAGGAAAACAAAAAAAAAAAACAAAUUGUUAGGGCUUUAUCAUUUAUGUAAAUGAAUUAUGUAUGAUAAAUAUUUAGUCCCUUGGGGUGAUCAUAUUUUGUAAGUGACUACAGUAGUACUGGAUUUCUGCUUUUCGUUUUUCGGUUCUUUUUUUGGGGGUUUUUAUGGUGGAUAAACGGCCCAGACACCCACGGAAGCAGCAGCAGGACGGGGCAGGAGGGAAACGAGCCCCGCCCUGAGUGGCACGAAGACACAACAGGGAGGAGCAAACCACUAAAGCAUUGAUUAUUUCCUCCGUCUGAUACCAGUCAUUACUCCAAGCCAAAGUUUACUUUUAUUUUUAUUUUCUUUUUUUAAUCUUACAUGUUCUUCUCCCUGAGUUUUACAUAGCAGCUCUUAGAGUAACUCCAAAACUUCACCAUGACAGUAUUUCACAUUUAAUCUGUUAUCUAGUUUGUAGGUUUAGACCCUGACUAGUUUUACGCCAACCACAGAUGUUCUUCUUAUAUAUAUAUAUAUAUAUAUAUAUAUAUAUAUAUAUAUAUAUAUAUAUAUAACGGUACUUCCACUAUAUUGGUUGAUUUGCUGACUUUUAUAUUAUGGGAGAGAUGAACUUUAAAAAAACAUAGAUUAAAAAAUGCGGUAAAAGUAGUGGUGUUUAUAUUUUUCUCUUUUUUUUCCAAAAGUAACGAUUAUUUGUACCAGAUGAAAGUGGGGGGUGAAUUAUAAUGAUACUAAUAAUAAUUUAUAAUAAUAUUAAUAAUAAUAUUAGAAAUAACAAACCAAGUAUAUUGCAUAUGAGCUGUUCAGUGGAAAAUGUUCUCUUCUAUGAAAUGCACAGCUGUGUAAUGUUUUAGAUUUUAGCGUAGUUAGAAGAAGGUGUCUCUUUUAUUUUUUGUUUUAAUUUUUUUUUUAAACGGGAAUCAUACUCCAAAUUUAUAUCAACACAAGUUCACACAAGUAAUGCAAUCACUAUUGUAUAUAUGAUUAUGAUAUUUUUGUCUGUACUAUUUUGCACACGCAACCUGCAUUUGUUUUUUCAUGAAUUUUUUUGCUAUUAUUAUUAUUAUUAUUAUUAUUAUUAUUAUUAUUAUUAUUAUUUAGCUUUUAUUAUUUUCGAGGUCAUUUGUAACGUGACAUCCUUUGUAAGGUUAUUUUCUAGAGACGCAGCCUUUACAUUUUGAAAACCGUUCGGAAACCUGAGAACUAUAGGACUUGUGAAAAAAGAAAUCUAUAUGUAAAUAUGAAUAAGGAUCAAUAUGUCAUUUUUCCAAGUGCUACACAAAUAAAACCAAGUGCUCCACUUGGCUGUGCAUACACGAAGAAAAACUUCCCUUCCUGUUGUUUACAAGUAUAUCUACUUAGAGAUGUUUGUCACAUAUCUCCUUUUUUUAAAAACUUAAAAAUAUGUCGAUAAAAAAUAUUAAAAUGAAAAUAAAUAAAUAAAAUAGGGCAGCAGCUCAAAUUUAUCCGGCUGCGAAUAUCCUCUCGUGUGUGUGUGUGUGUGUGUGUGUGUGCGUGUGUGUGCGUGUGUGUGUGUGUUAUCACACACCCGGGGCGAGAAAAUUGAUCGUAUUCCACUGCUGUAACUCUGCUAUACUUUUCUGCUUCCAGUAGGUGUUGUGAAACGGGCCUUUUCUCCUUGUCAUUGUAUGUGCAUGCACUCUAUGAUCCGCAUAACAGUAACCAUCAAUAAAGUUUCUCAAGAUAAGGAGAA